AUGACUCUCCAUCCACCAUCAGAUGGAGUGCGGUGCUUCUCACACUUCGACCCGUCCUCUCUGAGCUGUGAGGGCGACAUCGGAGACGUGGACACAGACUCCUGCUGUUUCAACCCCAAGUACGGAUACAGGACAGAGGACGGCAAGUGCCACGCCUGCGGGCCCCCCACCUGGUCCAGCUGGACACUCUGGUCCCAGUGCACCACUCUGUGUGGAGAGGGCGUGAGGCUCAGGGGUCGCAGAUGUUACGGGAUCGGCCAAUCAGAAUGCGAGAAGACUGGAACCACACAACAGGCCGAGUGGUGUAAUGGGACCUGCUGUAAUGGGGAGGGCUGGUCGCCGUGGUCAGAGUGGUCACCCUGCUCAGUGAGCUGUGGAGAGGGCGCAGUCAAGAGCAGAGUCCGGACGUGCAGCGACCGUCCUGAGUGUGCUCUGGCCUGCACCGGAGCGGCUGAAGAGACCCAGGCCUGUCCCGUCACCACCUGUCCCGUUCACGGAGGGUGGUCCGUCUGGUCUCCCUGGUCCAAAUGUUCGUCCUCGUGUUUCCCUGUGGGGGGCGCUGUCCCAACUCGAACACGGCACCGCAGCUGCUCCAGCCCCGCCCCCUCCCUGGGCCCCCCCGGCAACGGCUGCCGUGGAGACAGUGAGGAGAAGCAGCAGUGUACAGAGAUGCAACACUGUGCAGUGGAUGGAGGCUGGGGCCCCUGGUCGGCCCCUGGGCCCUGCUCCGUGUCCUGUGGGGAGGGCAUCAGGCUCAGUGUCCGCGUCUGUGACCAGCCCCCGCCACAGUACGGAGGACGCUUCUGUGAAGGACCCAGCACCCAGAGCUCCCAGUGCAGCGGCCCCUGUCCAGUGGUCAGCUCCUGGACGGGCUGGUCCCAGUGGUCCGACUGCUCUGAGCCCUGUGUCCCUGACGGAGGGGAGGCUCCACACAGGACCAGGCAUCGCACCUGCUUCACCCUGGGAGACAGUGAGCCAUGCCAGGGGCCCCAGCAGGAGAGUGGCCCAUGCCCCGACCUCAGCUUCUGCCAGGUGCACGGCUCCUGGGGGCCCUGGUCCGCCUUCGGCCCCUGCAUGGUCUCCUGUGGGGUGGGCCUCCAAGUGUCCACCCGCUCCUGCGACAGCCCCACCCCCAAGCAUGGAGGGCGGUCUUGUGAGGGAGACGACAGGCGCUCCCAGGUGUGCGACACCAAGCAGCCUUGUCCCGUGGACGGCGUGUGGUCGGAGUGGUCCUCGUGGGGCCCCUGUCAGGACGUCUUCGACGCCUCGUACUCCCUCCGUUGCGAGCCCACGGGGGGCAGCCAGUCCCGCGAGCGCCGCUGCCUGCACAGAGCACUAGGGGGCGCUCCGUGUCCGCUGGACGAGAACCUGUCCGAGACGCGGGUGUGCUACGACGUCACCGGCUGCUACGUGAAGGGCCAUUGGAACGGCUGGGGCGAGUGGAGCCAGUGCUUGCCCCCCUGUGGAGACAGGUCCAGACGCUCCCGCAAGCAGAGGUGUGACCCGGACUACACGGACUACAGUCCCACCAUCGGACCAAAGCAGCAGCCGGCCACAUUUGUCGGGGAGCCGUUGGUGGACUGCAGGGACCCUCCUGCUCGAGAGAAACAGGACUGUGUCAACGCCCCGCCCUGCCCGGCAUGA